ACAACAGACGUUGGUCUCUUCGCUCCUGAUGGACAUCAGCUUGAUUCUUCUCUUCUCUUCUCUCGCAGACCUAUUAUGGGCAGAAGCUGAAGUAACAGGAGUUGUGGGACGAGCGAUCAGAAUAAACUGUCGAUAUGAUGAACAGAAGUACUCGGGACACACAAAAUAUUGGUGUCGCGGGUAUUAUCUCUCCAGUUGUGAAGAUGUAAUUGAUACAAAAGCCGUCAACGGACAACGAGGAAGAUUCUCAAUCACAGAUAAGAGAGACGGGGUAUUUACUGUAACUAUGGAGAAUCUCACCAUGAGAGAUGCAGGAUGGUAUAACUGUGGGAUUGAUCAGUUUGGCAGAGAUACAAUGGUUGCUGUAAAGGUACACAUAUCUGACGGAACUGAAUUUUCCAGUCCCAAGAUCACAACCAAGUCAAUGCCAACUGCACAUGUUCCAGCUGCACGCAUCUCCUUCAUGGUCACACAAGCCACCAUCAUGGCAACUAAAGGUCAACAGCACAGUUACACCCUGUGGAGCUGGCUACGCUGGGUCUUGUUUGCCGUCCUGCUUAUUUCUCUGAUUUCGGCCAUUUACUGUUCAAAGAAAAGACACGCUGAACCCGAGCAACACCAUAAGAUCCUCACUGGGCAUCCGACCUGGUCGGUGAGAAAUCCGGAUCACGUGGAUUUGCAAUGUUUAUAGCUCAUUAUGGCUCAUUAUCAAAACGUCUCAAAGCACUUUACUUUGAGGUGUGCAACGCAGCAGUCAUUACAUGCACAUCAAGGUCCCACACACAGGCAUCGGCUGGUAAAUAGCUGGAGAAUCGUUGACCAGGACACGGAGAGAAACUGUCUUCUCUUAAUGGAAAGAUCACAGAGCCUUUGACGUUCAGCUGAACAAGUAGAUGAGACCUCGGCUUAAUGUCCUUAUCUGAAGGACGACGACACUUCUGGAAACGCAGCUCCCUCCAGGAUGUUACUAACUGUGCCAAACAGACACAGCCGCCGCUUCGAUAUUCCUCAAUGUUGAUAUUAUUCUUAAACAAAAAUUAAUGUUUGUUCUACUGAAUCGUUCAUGAAAACCUUGAAUGUCUUUUCUAUGAAUUCCAUAUAAUAAAAAGA